CACGUUGAAUCCGACGAGGAAAAGGAAAAGCUACAAUAUAAGAGCAUCAUUCAUCCAAUCUUGACUCUCCCAAGAAACCAGAAAGAUCAAUCAAAUACGCAAUCCAAUCUCUUCUUCCCUUCAAAGCAAACCCUGUUCAUCUUUUUGUUUCCUGGCAAACGAGAAUCUCUCUGUGUGUCUCUUCCAGGAACAGAAAGACAGCAAUGACGGUGGCGGGUAGCAGUGUUGGUCGUGGUGGAAGCGUUUGUCUUCAACGUCAGGAUCAUCCCUGGGAUAUUUCAUUUAACGUUCGGAAUGGCUGUCGUCGUGCAUGCUCUUUGAUGGCGUCGAAACCUAGAACGACCAAGAUCUUGGCAUCGUCGUCCAAUGUGAGUCUGCAACCAUUGCCGAAGAAGCGGCAGGAAGAGAGGAAGCGGGACGAGUUGUUGUACGAGAAGAUCGACGAGUGGAUGCAGGAUUCGGUGGUGGAGAUCGUUAAGAAGUUACCCGAAUCUCCCCUCUUGGUGCACGUGUAUUCCGACGACAAC